AUGACUGCCGUUUGCGGACUGCCGUGGUGGACUGGACUACAGAGGAACGACACCAUUGCUUACGUAAAUGACAUUUUACUCGCCGCUGUCAAUGGAUCUUCUGCCACUUUCGCAAUCCUUAGUAACCUGGCAAUCAUUGCAACAAUCAUCAAGACCCCUACCUUACAGAAGCCGAGCAACAUUCUACUGUGUAGCCUGGCUUUUGCAGAUUUACUUACUGGAGUUACUGUUCAGCCUUUGUUUGUUGUGUGGCGACUCUUUCUUCAAAGAGCCCAGAAAUCAUGUCUACAUCAAAUUCUGGUCUUUGACGUGUAUCAUACUUUCAAGUACUUUGCCGUUGGCUUAUCUUUCGUCAACAUUGUUCUAAUAAGUUUUGAUCGCCAUUAUGCCCUGUCAAAACCUUUGGAAUAUAUUGUCAAAGUCACUAAAUCAGGUAACAGGCGUCAGGCCGGACUUUUAUUGCCCUCGCGGGGUUCCGGCCCAGCGAAACUCAGGGGGGCACCCUAAAUUCCCACGCGUAGAGAAGUAUCGUUUUUUCCUUGUAUUGGUAAUAUGCGAAAUCUUCUCGAUUUGAAGAAACUAGGCGCGCAAGGUGGUCCCGGUUAAUUUUUUAGAACGCGCCCAAGGCGGUCUUGGGAAAUUAUGGAAACACGUCAUUCUUCAACUUCAACCCGAUCUCGGCUUUUGUUUUUUCUUUUCCACCGAGACUUGAGAGCUAAGUAUAAAUAAAACUAAAUUGUUCUAUUUUGAAAAAGGGUCCGAGCUCGGACUAGAUUACAGAAGCUCUCCAUAGAAGCCUAACAGGCUAGGUCCGUUAACUUUUGGACAACUGAACAAAUUGCCCACCCAUUGCCCGUUGGCUUAUCUUUCGUCAACAUUGUUCUAAUACGUUUUUAUCGCUAUUAUGCCCCUGUGAAAACCUUCGGAAUAUAUAUUGUCAAAGUCACUAAAUCAGGUAACAGGCGUCAGGCCGAGCUUUUAUUGCUCCCGCAGGGUUCCGACCCAGAGGCCGGAAAACGAGAAGGCAAAAAGGGGCGGAGCUCUCGAUAGAAGCCUAACAUAGAAGCUAACAUAGAAACCUAACAGACUAAGUUGAAAUGUACCAAUUUUUUUUUUCUCUUUUGCAGGGACAAUGAAAAUCGCCGGUCGCGGGUGCAUAAUCUGGCUGCUGAUGACAAUCCUGAUUGUAUUUUUUUUGCCUCCUCUGCCUGGCUUCAUUAUGUUGUGUAUCUUUGGUGUGCUGUUUCUCGUUGUCCCUCCUGUAAAUUAUAUGAGAUUACUAUUCUCUCUUCGUCGUCAUAACGCUCAGCUGCGUGAUGAAGUUACAUCUCAGAUGUCGACAAUAUUUCAGCGCGAGAAGAAAGUUACACUUAAUAUGUGCAUUGUCACCGGCUUGCUGUUUGCUACUUUACUGCCAAUUGGUUCCAUGGAGAUUUUUCACAAAGGAUAUCCGCGAAUACACUCCAUUCUGUUACCCUGGAGUAUUACAAUGACGUUUAUUCCGCCCUCAACUAAUCCUAUUAUUUACUUUGGACGCAGCAAGAACAUGAGAAAUGCCUUUAAAUCCAUCAUGAAAAUCUAA